UUCCAUGGUGUGCUGCACUUCUACAUUCUGUGUGACCCGUGGAAACAUCACUCCAUUCUGCAUUUGGAUCAGUGGCUCCAUGCCUUCCUCCUCCUCCUCCUCGAUGACGAUGAAGCCUUAGAUGCCUUCGCUGCUGCUUCGAUGCGGGAGUAGUCGGUGUGGCGGGGGUUUAGGUGCUGCGGACUUCACGAUCUCGUGCGGUUCUUUGAGUUUGGUUGAUGUGUAUUGAUAGGUAGCUUGAGGUGGUUCGCGUUGGCCGCGAUGGCGUUGACGUUGCGGGUGUUUCCUACGCUUGCUGCGUGGCGGAUGCCGCAAGGCGUCGAGAUUGGCCUUGGUCGUGUGCGAGUGCCAGCCUUCCGCAGAAAUUGUGAUAGGUUUUGGUCUUUGAGGUGUAGCGCGGAGGAUAUUGUCGGGGACAGCGCCGUGCGUGGAGGGGAGAAGGAUGUCGCUGCGCAUGUGGAAUCGUCUUCGUUGCAUUCGGAUGGGGCUGGUGUUCCAUUGGUUGAAGACAAGUUUGGUGGAUGGUAUGGGACUGAUGAGGUCGACCAGGACAAGAAUACAUUGAAGAUUGCUGCUAUACAAGUGGCUUCUGGAUUUCUGCUUGCGCUUGGACUUUCACUGUCCUACCUCGUUUGGUGCCGAAAACAUGGAAAGAGAGUCAUCCCGCCUCUACCUACUUUGACACAAAUACAGUUGCCAUCGUCUUUGAAGAAGUCACUACAAACACGGUUUCUUUCUUUUUUAAACAGAUCAUCCGAAGAAACCGAGCAUUCAGAUCAUGACGAUAUUGAGGUCAGCGAAGAGAAUAGUUCAAGAAACAGUUUCGGGAAACAGAUGGAGGAGAGUUUCCAUUCUGAUGAGGGCAAGGGUGUGAAUAGUGACGAUGUACAGCACAUUCAGCACAAGAAUCAACAGAUCUUAGAGGAAGAUAAAUUGUUUGCUAGUGAUGAUAGUGACGAUGAGCAAAAAAUUACAACUCCUGUGCCUUCUGGUUGGCAAGAGGCAUCAUUUUUACCGCAGGAACAAGGAUUUGUCACAUUCAGUUCGACGGAUGACUCAUCACGUGAUGCCUCUGAUUUUCCCGCGAAACCCUCGAGCAAACAGCUUGAUACCGACAAGGUUUUAAGUGAUGGGAAGGUUGAUUCGAGACUAUCGGCUUCAGACCCUGCUGCUAAUUCCUUUGCAACUGAGCAGGUUGAAGAUAACGAUACAGAUAGUAGCUAUGAUGAGUCAAAACCUCCAUUCUCAGAAUCCCUUCUUGAAGCUGAAACCUCACGACAUAAUUCAAAUAAGUCUCACAAAGAUGGCAGUGAUGAGCCGCAAGUUGCACCCUCGAAGCGUAGGAAGCUCAGAAGAUCACAAGGAUUCAAGAGGAAGAUUUCAGGGAAGGUGAUAGUACCGGCUGUUGUGGACCACAUGCAAGAGCAAGUACUAGCUGCACUGCAGGCAUCGAAGGUUGUGGAAGAGGGGGCUGAUCCUCGAGCUAUCUGUAACCGCAGAGAUUAUGCUCGUUGGAUUAUUUCAUUCAGCAGUACGUUGUCUAGGAGCCCCGCUAACAAAGUACUUCCGGCCAUGUACAUUGAGGGUGUCACCAAACAAGCGUUUGCUGAUAUUGCUUCCGAUGAUCCCGACUUCCCUUACAUUCAAGGCCUUGCUGAAGCUGGGCUCAUACCUAGCAAUUUAUCUCUCAUCAAUGAGGAUCGUGGUACAUAUGAUAGCGACUCAGACGUGAUGUAUUUUUUUCCUGACAGUCCAGUGACUCGUCAGGACCUUGUGAGCUGGAAGGUGGCGCUUGGCCGACGCUCUCUACCAACUAUCGACAAAGAGACGCUUAAGGCAAAGUCCGGCUUUCUCGAUGUUGACCGAAUUGACAAUACGCUGUGGCCAUUAUUAAGUGAUGAUCUCGAUUCUGGAGAGAACAGUAUCAUAUUGUCCGCAUUUGGUUUUACAAGAAUUUUUCAGCCAGAGAAGCCAGCAACUGUCGGGCAAGCAGCUAUUGCCCUGGCAUGUGGGAACACCUCUGAAAAAUUUGGUGAGGAAUUAGCUAGGUACCAGGCGGAGUGGACGGCUCACGAAGUCGCAAUAGCAGAUGAUGCAAUGAAAGCUCAGAAACAGAAGGAACUGGAUGAACUCUUUGACGGACAACUGAGCGCCGAGCGACGACAAAAAGAACUGGCUCAGCAACGCUUCGAGGAACUGAGAGCAGAGUUUGAAAGGAUGAAAUCCGAAAGAGAUGCAGAGAAGGGCGUGCUUUUGAAAGACAAGGCCGCCGUUGAAUCAGAAAAGGAGCUUCUGGGUCAUUUGAAAGAACAAGUUGACGAGCAACUGCAGGCACUGACCACGCGAGAAAUGCAGGUCUCUAUUGAGCAAGACCGAUUAGAAAACCUCAGAUCAACAUGUGAAGGUCACGAGGAAGAAUUGUCGAGAGUGACUUUUGAACUUGAAGUUGAGAAAAAAGCUCUAAUGCAAGCCAGGUUUUGGGCAGAGGAUGAAGCUCGGAACGCGCGAGCCCAUGCUGAAGCACUUGAACAAACCCUAAAGCGGAGAUCUAAUCGAGAGCAAGUUGAAGUAACAGACAGAAGCUGGCACUACAAUGCUAAGGAUGAAAUUAAAAAUGUUGUCCAGCGAGCUCCCAUUCAAGGUGUUAUGGAUAAGGUUGAAGACCUUACUGGCAACGUCAGGACUGCACUCAUUCAAUCCUGGCAGACAAUACUGAGAGUGAUAAAUGGUUUCCUGCAGAGAGCUGGGGAGCUCGUACAAGAGAUCAGAUGGAAGAUCCAGCAUUAUUAUCGUGUUACCUCCUCAUCCACUGGGAACCUACUUCAGGACUCGGCAUAUUCUGUAAACCAAAAGCUUCAAGGCUUGCAGUCUACGGCAUUAGAGUUUUCAGCCAAAGUAGCGGACGGAACAAAGAGGUUGGCUAAUGAUUGCAAAGAUGGAGCCCAGAAGUUGUCCCGACGUUUCAAGGCUGAGUAGCGCUACUCUCGGACGCAACCAAUAGUUGUAGUUCAUCGUCGAGAGUGUGAACUUGGCGUCAGGGAUUGGGGCAGUGAUUUUGGUCUGGGAUUUGGCCUUUGUCAGGUACCUUGGUUUAGUAUCUUGGUGGCUGUGACUGCUCCAUAUAUAAAGUAUAUCACAAGGAGCACGCAGUAAACUAAAGCUUGGUCCUUGGUGAUGUAAGCUACACAACGAGGAUCUCGGUAUCUCCUGAAUUGGUAGAGGUGUGAGAAAAAGUGUUUGCCUCCCACAGUAACCAGCAGGCAUGUAGACGGAGAUGUCUACAGCCCUUUUUCGAUUCCAGUUCUUUGAUAUACUCUUCGGUCCAUCUUACCGGAGGGUUGUUGAAUUUGUAUUAAUUUUAGAAUCACUUAUAUUUUGUUCAUCCUGAAAUUAUUUGAUA